GAAGAAACGGUGCUGUCAGGGGAGCAGCAUUGAGGGUCUUAUAAAGGUUUCUUGGUUUUUUCAGGAAAAAGAAGAAAAUGAGUUUUUCAAAGCAGCUUAAAUGUAAAGUCGUGUAAAAACCUGGUGACCUUUGACCUUUUGUUUGCUGUUUCUUGUGCUGACUGACUUCCAAACAAAGUUAAUUAUAAUGUUGGUACGUUUUAUAAAAAUGAAUAAAUGCUUUCAGGUUUCUUACUAAUUUUCUAAAAUGUCAAAGUAGCUUCAGUGAGGAAAACCCUGCAGUUCCUCAAAUGAGCACUAGAGGGCAGAAAGGAGAUUCGUCCCGUUCGCUCCCCUCUAAACACAUCUACAGGUGAUAUCAGGUGUUUCUUUUCUUUAUAAUCAUUUAGGAAAUCGGAGCAGGGUUGGGUGACGGGGGGUUCCAUGUUUUCAUUUUGAUAGACCUUAGUUACAGAUUUCCUUUUGAUUGGCAGGUGGGCGGAGCCUUGGGGGAAAGUCUUACUGAAUUUUGUUCCUCCUCUCCUGUUUUAGGAAAGUUGUAGAUGUGGGCGGAGUAAACUCCGGUCAGUGUGCUCCUCCCACUUCAGAUUUAUUUUGACUAUCCGUGUCUUCAUGUUCCGGUCAGAUUACGUCAAACGCAGUUGAACGUUUAAAAUGUAAAACGCGAUCAUUUGUCGGAUCUUGUCACAUUUUCAGGGGAAAUCCUCGGAGAACACAGGUGAGUUUCUUUUCACGUAGAUGGAAGGUUGUGUGGCAGAAAUGGGCGUGGCCAGCUGUUUCACCACUCUAGAAAAGGCGGGGCUAAUGUUGAUACAGCAGUGCCCCCUACAGCCGACCCACUGUAAGUACAGCUCUGUAAAGACCUUCUGGAUUUAAGGAAGCCAGUAAAGUGUAGAGGAACGUUUGCAUGCAGACGUAGAGCAGAGAACAGGUGGAUCCUCUCUGAGAUCAGGCCUGAAGGGAGUUGGUCAGGUGACCUGGAGUUUCUACGCCCCCUGAACAAACAUCCAAACGGCCGCUGACUCACAGCUCCACCCAGCUCCACCCAGCUGCCAAUAAAGACACACCCCAGGUUAUGUGCAGACAGGUUCUCAUAAAGUUCAAAUGACGGAUUUCAAAAUAAAAGCACACUCUCUCCUUCAGUUGUGGUUGAAAUGUUUUCAAGAGGAACUCUUAGGAAAAUGCUCCUUUCUAAAACUCUAGUGGUCAUUCCAGGAAGUGCAACGAUUAGCACCUCCUGAACAAACCAGCUGGUUGUGUUUGAAACGAUGCAUCCACGGGGGGCGCUAGAGGUGAGGCGUUCUGCCCUUUCGGAGUAAAAUCAUGUGGUGUUUUCAUCAGACGCUGCCCACUAGAGGGCGCCGCCGUACCGUGGGUUUACUGGAAAUGACUGGAGAAGUCUUUUAGUGUGGACUCGUUUCCAUGACGACGUCUGCAGAAAACCGUGUUUGCAGGCAGCAGGAAGGCCCGUUCUCCAGGAGAACCCAUGCUGGAUCUCCACAGCGGUUUGCUGAAGGUCUGCAGGCAUCUGGUCAGGUUCUACAGAAGCCCGUUUGUUCUGAGCUCAGAAAUGACCUUCAGGGCAGCCGGAACCUUCUGAGCCUCUUUGGUUCCGCGCGGAACGGUCGCUGCAGAACUUUCUCGAACGAGUUGGAGAACUUCCCCAUCGGCUCCAUCCAGCACUGCCAGGCGGUGAUGAACUCCUGCAGCUACGACUCCAUCCUGGCUCUGGUGUGUAAGGAGUCGGGUCAGAACAAGGCGGACCUGCACCUGUUCCAGUGUGACGACAUCAAGGCGAACCUGAUCCACGCCGACAUCGAGAGCGCCGUUCUGGACGCCAGAGGAGGCAAAGUGAAGAAGCGUCCUGAAGCUCUGAAGAUGAUCCUGAAGAGCGACGGUCUGAUCCCGCCUCCUCCUGCGGCGCCGGCUCCAGAGCCGCCGGUGCCGUCCAAUCAGCUGGAUGUGAGGGGGCGUGGACCGGCCUGGUCCGCGUGGACCAAUGAGCAGCCAGACUAUGACGGGCUGCUGCCGGACGGCUCGGCGGCGGACGUGUCAGCGCUGCGAGUGGACCGGGAAGUGCAAAUCCUGAACCACAUCCUGGACGACAUCGAGUUCUUCGUCACCAAACUCCAGAAGGCGGCGGAGGCGGCGAGCGAGCUCUCCAAGAGGAAGAAGGCCAAGAAGGGGAAGAAGAAAGGUCCGGGAGAGGGCGUCCUGACGCUGCGCUCCAAGACUCCCGAUGAAGAGGAGUUUGUGGACUGUCUGCAGAAGUUCAAACACGCCUUCAACCAGCUGGGGAAGCUGAAGGAUCAGAUCCAGAACCCGAGCGCCGUGGACCUGGUUCACUUCCUGUUCUCUCCUCUCCGAAUGGUGAUCCAGGCCUCUGGAGGCGUGGAUCUGGCUCGCAGCGUCGUGGUUCCACUGCUCACCAGAGACGCCAUCGACUUCCUCCACGCCUCAGGAACGCCGGAGGAGCGCCACCUGUGGGUGACUCUGGGAGACGGAUGGACCAAGAGCAGGCUGGAGUGGCCAAAGGAUCAGUUCUUCCCGGCCUGCGAGCUGCGUUUUCGUGACGGUUGGGAACCUCCUGCACUGCCGUUGGCGUCUGCGAGUCGAGAGCAGGACCUGACCCAGCUGGCAGAGACCAUCGUUGCGGCGGACGUCCAAAGACGCGAAGACGCUCAGGCGGCGCUGCAGAUGUUCCCUCCAGCUGACGGGUACGCCCUCUCUGGCUCCUCCCACAAACGCUUGCAGAUCCUGGAUCAGGGCACGGCCUUGACCGCCUUCAAACACGCCGUCAGCCGUGUCGACCGAAGUUUGGACGCCGACAGCAGAGUUCCACCAAAACUCUUUGCCAAGUCCAAGUAUGACUUUGUGGCGAGAAACAACACGGAGCUGACGGUUCUGAAAGACGAGAUCCUGGAGGUUCUGGAUGACAGGAAGCAGUGGUGGAAGGUUCGGAACGGCUUCGGAGCCAGCGGCUACGUGCCAAACAACAUCCUGGAGGUCACCAGAGCGGUGGACAGCCGGGGAGAGCCCAUCUACAGCCACACCAUCCAGCUCAUGAUGCCAAAGAAGGAGUUUGAGCUGUUUAAGCAGCAGUUACUGGGAGAGUUGAACGAGAAACAGACCACCAGGACUGACCCCCUCCCUGCACCCUCCCCAGUGCCCCCGAUCCCCACACCACCGCCUCUCGCCCCCACCAGGAUCCCCACGCCGCCCCUGCCCCCUCCGAACGCUGAGCCCACCAGGCCGCCCCUCAAAAGCCACAGCCGCCACAACAGCAGCGCCUCCAGCGAGGCGGGCGCCGCCGCCACGAGGGAGCAGAGCGAGCAGAAACCCGCCGGCCGGAGGAAGUCCAACAUGGAGGAGGUGCAGGACGAGCUGGUGCACAGGCUGACUUUGGGUCGCAGCACCCAGAAGAAGUUGGCGGCGCCGUCCCGUAGCAGCAGCAUGUCGGCCUUCAGCAUCACCUACGACUCAUCUCCGGACGAAGUCCGAGCCUGGCUGGAGGCCAAAGGCUUCAGCCCAGUAACCAUCAGCAGCCUUGGCGUGCUGACCGGCGCCCAGCUAUUCUCCCUGAACAAGGAGGAGCUGAAGACGGUUUGUCCUGACGACGGCGCGCGAGUCUUUAGCCAGGUCACCGUGCAGAAGGCGGCGCUGGAGGAGAGUUCAGGCUCUGAGCUGCAGGAGAUCAUGAGGAGGCGGCAGGAGAAACUGGCAGCCAGCACCUGUGACUCUGGGGUGGAGUCUUUUGACGAAGGCGGCGCCCACUGAGCUCCAUCAAGCUCCUCCCCCCUCACGUCAUUGGCUGUUUUCUAACGCUCUCCAUCCUCAGGCUGCGGCCGACCGUGCCGAGUUCGUGGAGAUCAUGCGCCGCAGGCAGGAGCUCCUCAGCUCGUCGCCAUAGAAACACACUGACCUCUGACCUGCGCCGCCAAGAAAAGUGCCGGACGUUCCUGCAAACCUCUGGAGGUUCUGGAGUUGCUGUAAUGUGUCGCUCAGCAGCCGAAUUCCCCAAAGCCGGCAGUAUUAAAGCUUCAUCCUGAUGAUGAUGAUGAACCAGCAGCAGCUAAAGUUUGAUUUCUGCUUACCUCCGAAUCAGGUGGUGGUUGUUGUUGUUACUCUUUAAGUAAUUCAGUCAUCUUCUAAGUUCCUCUGAUGUGAUUCUAGAAGAGAAAAGGAGCUCAGAGGAGCCGACUGCCUCUGGACAAACCAAGGAGAACGCGCAGACUAGAACCUUUAGGGAACCUUAAUGUGUAGAUCUGUGGCCAACAGAGUAACCGUACGGAUCAUAUAGAAUGUUAUUUAAGGAACCUCAUUAAUCUCACUCGCAAUGAAACCGAUCCAAACGAAAGAUUCUGAGAAUGAACCAGGAUUCCUGAAUGGAUCCGUUCAGUGGCGUCUAGCCCUGGGAUCUGUUCCCCGCUGGGAUCUGUCCUGCGCUGGGAUCUGUUCCUUGCUGGGAUCUGUCCCGUGCUGGGAUCUGUUACCUGCUGGGAUCUGCUCCUUGCUGGGAUCUGUUCCCUGCUGGGAUCUGUCCCGCGCUGGGAUCUGUCCCACGCUGGGAUCUGUUCCCCGCUGGGAUCUGUCCCGCGCUGGGAUCUGUCCCACGCUGGGAUCUGUUCCCUGCUGGGAUCUGUCCCGCGCUGGGAUCUGUCCCACGCUGGGAUCUGUUCCUUGCUGGGAUCUGUCCCGUGCUGGGAUCUGUUACCUGCUGGGAUCUGUCCCGUGCUGGGAUCUGUCCCACGCUGGGAUCUGUUCCUUGCUGGGAUCUGUUCCCUGCUGGGAUCUGUCCCACGCUGGGAUCUGUCCCACGCUGGGAUCUGUUCCCUGCUGGGAUCUGUCCCGCGCUGGGAUCUGUCCCGCGCUGGGAUCUGUCCCGCGCUGGGAUCUGUCCCGCGCUGGGAUCUGUCCCGCGCUGGGAUCUGUCCCGCGCUGGGAUCUGCAGCUUUGCACAGCAGACGAUGGGAAUGUUGAUCAAACCAAACGGGUUUGCUGAGUUCUGUGGCGGAAGGCUGAAAGAGGCUCCGCCCUCCCUGAUGGGCUGAGGGUGUCAUUGGUCAUCUUGACGGUUGGACUCUGGAUCCUCUGACGAUGUGCGAGGUCAUGUUAAUCGUUAAAGUCCAAAUGAAGAGGUUCUGUUGUCCCAGAAGCUCCUGAAUGUUCUGGCUUAGUGAACGGAGGGGGUGUUUGGGGUCCAGGCAGAGUUCUGCCGGUUCAGGAACCCGCAGACGUUUGGACCACAGAUGUGCUGAAGGUGAGGAUGAAGAGGCCGAAGGUUCUCUGGAACCUGGAGCUCCAGAGAAGAAAAAUGCAGAAGAUCCAUCUGAGUCUUUAAUGGGUUUAGUUCUGGUGGGGUUCUGCAGUUUUUUGAUCAUAGGUUCAAAACAGGAGCAGGUUUGUCUAAACGGCAGCAACUUUCUGAAGGAAAACCUGGAUCAGAACCGGGUGUCCAAUGUAGACGGUUCUCCAGCAGGCUGACCAAUGAUGACACCCACCAUCCUCGUGUCUGUCUGUUGAUGCUGCGGCGUGCACUAGGGGGCGCCUCAGACUCCUGUUCGGAUCAGAACAGAAAACCCAGCAGACCCGUGAUGGGUUCUGAACCGGUUUAAGCAAACGUGUGUGAUGUUCUGAUUGUACCGAUUCCUCCUUCAUGCCCUCCAUCUUCUGGACUGAAAUGUCUGAUUAGUUUACAGGAAGUGCUUGUAGCUCUGAGGAGCAGAACCGCCGUUACAGAACCGCCAUCGUUCCUGGAUAGUUCUCAUCGUGCCUUUCUCCAUGUAAAUACAUUGUUCUGCAAUAAAUGUUUUGCAAAGA